AUGACGUGGUGUAUUCUUAUUAGUCGUAGGACGAACCGGAGAGAAUUUGCUGGUCAUUCAUUUUUUAUAUGCCUAUUUUAAAGUCUCCUGUCAAGAAAACAUUACCACUUUGCUUCUUUGUUCUUUGAUCGGAUCAGUCAUGGCGGACGAGUCCCAGAUUGAACUGAAAACAGCCCCGGCUGACUUUCGCUUCCCCACAACAAAUCAAACUAGACACUGUUUCACCCGCUACAUUGAGUUCCACAGGUGCUUGGCUGCAAAGGGUGAAGAGUCUAAUGAAUGUGAAAGAUUUGCCAAAUACUAUCGUUCUCUUUGUCCUGGUGAAUGGGUUGAGAGGUGGAAUGAGCAGAGGGAGAAUGGUACUUUCCCAGGUCCUCUGUGAUUGCACAUUGGAAAUUGGGUGACUCUUCUCUGGCAUGGAGAGUUCAUAUUGCUCUCUUGAUAUUGUCUUUAGCUAGUUUCUAUGGUUAUCCUUGAAUUAAUAAGCUACAAAUGGAGAUUUUGUUGAAUUUAUUGAGCAUUGAUUCAUUAUGGUGGACAAGUUGGUAAAUAACUGGAAUGUAUCCUGAUGGUUUUCUGAUGUUUUAGUUCGCGAUCAUGCUUUUUAUGAUACUAUUUCAUCUUCA